GGCGGCGCGCGGGCGGGCGGUGCAGCUCCCCCAGGGUCGCCUCAGCCGCUCCCGCCGCGCCCGGGCCGCGCUCGCUCCUUCCCUCCCUCCUUCCUUCCUUCCUUCCUUCCCUCCUCUCCUUCCUGCCGUCCGUCCCAGCGCCGCCGACAUGUCCCGCUACCUGCGGCCCCCCAACACCUCGCUCUUCGUGCGGAACGUGGCCGACGACACCCGGUCCGAAGACUUGCGCCGGGAGUUUGGUCGUUAUGGGCCUAUAGUUGAUGUUUACGUUCCUCUUGACUUCUACACUCGUCGUCCCAGAGGAUUUGCCUAUGUUCAAUUUGAAGAUGUCCGUGAUGCAGAAGAUGCUCUCCAUAAUUUGGAUCGAAAGUGGAUUUGUGGUCGGCAAAUAGAAAUCCAGUUUGCACAGGGGGACCGCAAGACACCAAACCAAAUGAAAGCCAAGGAAGGGAGAAACCUGUACAGUUCUUCUCGUUACGAUGACUAUGACAGAUACAGGCGGUCUCGGAGUCGCAGCUACGAGCGCAGACGGUCGAGGAGUCGCUCCUUUGAUUACAGCUAUAGAAGAUCCUAUAGUCCCAGAAACAGUAGACCUACUGGAAGACCUCGUCGUAGCAGAAGCCAUUCGGACAAUGAUAGGUUCAAACACCGCAAUCGAUCUUUUUCAAGAUCUAAGUCCAAUUCAAGAUCACGAUCCAAGUCACAGCCCAAGAAAGAAAUGAAGGCUAAAUCACGGUCUAGGUCUGCAUCUCACACCAAAUCUAGAGGCACCUCUAAAACAGAUUCUAAAACACACUAUAAGUCCAGCUCAAGAUAUGAGAAGGAGUCGAGAAAAAAAGAACCAGCUAGAUCCAAAUCACAGUCAAGAUCACAUUCUAGAUCUAGGUCAAAAUCCAGAUCGAGGUCUUGGACUAGUCCCAAGUCCAGUGGCCACUAACAGUGUAUCCAUGUUGGUUUAGGCAUGUAAGAUUCAUUUACACACAGUUCAGUUUACUUAAAUUAUCAGGAAUAUGAUGUUGCAACAGUGCUAAAAAAUAUUUUCUUUGUCAGUUUUCCCUAUAGGCGACAAUGGUUGAAAUUAAAACAGUGUUGAGAAGCCACAGAGAGAGAGAGAGAGGGAGAGAGUUUGUCCACUUGGUUAAAUGUCAUGGGCAGCUACUGAUUUGGUUGUGGUGUCUCUAUGUAUAUUUUUGUAAAGAUUUGCAUUUUUAAUGCUUAGAUAUUUGGUGAUGACUUGGUUGAUCGUAACUUGCAACAUUGUCCUUUUACAAAUGUCACACCCAUAGAGAAAUUGGUACCAGUUUGUGCUGGGCAGUUAAACCAGCUGUUUAACUGGUUCUUCAACUCUAUAAACUUUGUGAGGAAAAGGAAAACUGGACAGCUGUAGUGCAACACUGGCUGCUGGGAAAUCAGACUGGCAGUUUGUUUCCAUGGCUCCAGGGCAGGUUUCAGUGUUCUCCGUGCCCACCAGCACCAGCAGGUUGGCACAUGGAGCUCUGUGGAGGGAGAUUUGGGAGAUUUCUCUUUAGCCUGCUGUCUGGAGAGAUGGUACUAACCUUGCAUGUACGACAUGGGCAGAGAGCUGCUCCUGGAGCUCGCUCAGAGCCUGUGCAGUGUUGUGACCCCUCGGGAUGGAGGCUUCACUGCCUCUGCCCUGGCUGCUGGUGCUGAAUGUGAGGGAAAAACCCACCUUGCAAUGGAAUACCUAAAUUCAGAUUUCAGCAAACGGCAGAGCAACUAAAUAUUAGGUUGUGUGUACAUUUUAUGCAGUUUUUUGUAUCUAUUCUCAAUUUUAGUGAGCAGUUAACCAUAAAGUUGCUUAGUUUUCCUGCUGUUAGGUACAAGUAGAUCGUUUCGAGUUGUGUGUGUACAGUAUAUAAGAACUAAACUUUUAUGCCAAUGACUCCUGUGGUUAGUUGGUGUAUUCAUAGGUAUCAAACUGUAGCCAUCUCCCUGGGUUACCGGGCUUGCUUGCUUUUUACACAGCAAAAAAGCAGUUGGUCAAGCAAGUCUGAAUCACUCCUUCCUCAGAAUGGAUAGUGGUUUGGUUACAAGAUUUCAUUUUCCUUCAGAACAAAUGUUUGAAGUUGGAUAUGAACAAGAGCUGCAUCUCUAGUUAUGUAGUUUAUCACUAAUACAGUAUAUUUAGAAAAUUGAACGUGAAAAAUAACAAACCCAGUGUGUACUCUUACCAGUAUUUCUCUAGAAGGCAAGAUCCUUUGUUAUGGAAAUGGCUUUUGGCGUUGUUUAUUUUUCUUUUCUAUUUACUUUCAAAAGCCACCAUCAAACACUUAAGUGUUCCUCACUGUCUGAUGUCUGUAGCAUAUAAAGACAUUGAUUUCCAAAAGUUCCUUUUCAGAGAAAUGUUUUAGGGUUUGGGUUUAGUGUUUCAGCAGGGCCUUUAAAGAAGCGCAGAUGGCUUUGGGAUCUCGUCAGUGGAACGUGCUUAGGAGUUGAUCCUAGAACCUUUGUACAUUUAAUAGUAUUUCUAACUUUUUCUUUACUGUUUGCAGUUAAUGUUCAUGUUCUGCUAUGCAAUCAUUUAUAUGCACGUUCCUUUAAUUUUGUAGACUUUCCUGGAUGUAUAGUUUAAAAACAGCAAAAAGUCUAUUUAAAAACUGUAGCAGUAGCGUGCAGCUCUAGCAGAGGAAAGUUGUGGGAUUAAACUUUGUAUUUCCUUUCUUAUAGAGGCUUCUAAAAAGGUAUUUUUAUAUGUUCUUUUUAACAAAUAUUGUGUACUACCUUUAAAACAUCGAUGUUUUGAUCAAAAUAACUAAAGACCCAGCUUAUUUUCUGCUUGCUGUAAAUUUAGCAAACAUGCUGUAAUAAAAAAAUGAAGGAAA